UGCUCUCAGAAUUAUUUCUAAAUUAGCCYGGCGACCCCUCAGGUGUCUUGGAGCUCUGUGUGCACAGGGUUUUAUAUUCUGUGUUUUGUUGAUGGGUUGCUAGGCUGUGGAAGGCUCCUCUGAGGGAGGCAGUGAAGGUUUGGAGUGCCCACCAGCGAUGAAUGGGGUGAAGGUAAAAGCUCUGGUGCGUCUCUCCAAGCAGCUGAAAACCCUCCGGGGCCUGGUGACUGUGCCAGCACGGCCCUGCAGCUUGGCUGCCUGCUCCCGGACAAAAAACAGGAAUGCUGCCUUGCAUCCGCUGUGGCAGAGCCCGCUGACAAUUCCCGGAGGCACCCGGCAGUCUCCCAUCAACAUCCAGUGGAGGGACAGUGUUUAUGAUCCCUUCCUGAAGCCUCUGAAAAUCAGCUAUGACCCAACCACUUGUCUUCACAUCUGGAACAAUGGGUACUCCUUCCUGGUGGAGUUUGAUGAUUCUACUGAUAGAUCAAUCAUCGUUGGAGGCCCCUUGGAAAACCAGUACAGGCUGAAGCAGUUCCACUUCCACUGGGGAGCUAUCAACGACUGGGGCUCAGAGCACACAGUGGACAGCAAAUUUUACCCAGCAGAGCUGCAUUUGGUGCACUGGAAUGCUGUGGAGUACCCGAGUUUUGAGGAAGCUGUGAUGGAAGGGAAUGGCCUGGCUGUUAUUGGAGUGUUCUUGAAGCUGGGAGCGCGGCACGAAGGGCUGCAGACCCUGGUGGAUGCCCUGCCWGCAGUCAGACACAAGGACACUGUGAUCGAGUUUGAUGUCUUUGAUCCCUCCUGUUUGAUCCCUUCCUGCCCAGAUUACUGGACCUACGCCGGCUCCUUGACCACUCCCCCCCUCACUGAAUCUGUCACGUGGAUCAUUAAGAAAAAGCCAAUCGAGGUGGAUGAGGAUCAGCUGGARGCCUUUCGGAUGCUGCUGUUCACAUCAGAUGGCGAGGAGGAGAAGAGGAUGGUGGACAAUUUCCGUCCUCUGCAGCCGCUGAUGAACCGCACGGUGCGCUCGUCCUUCCGCACCCGCCAGCUGCUGGACCCCGAGCUCCGCUCCGAGCAGGUCAGCCCUUAGCUGGCCCAGCAGCUCCAGGCCAGGCUGCACACACUCACAAACCAUGGCAUGGUUUUCCCUUUGCCUGCAGCCUUGGUAUCCCUGCCUUUUCACAGCCAGUGUCCCAUUGCCUUCGCUGGAGGAGCUGUGGGGUUUUUUAGCUUUGCUUUUUUUUAAGAAGUAAAUAUUAACCCUUAACAAAUGGACUUGCUUAAAGCAGGGAUCAAUAUAAGGAAAUAUUUUUCCYCUAAUUGUCAAAAUAAGGACAGGAGAGCUCUUCCCCUGCCCCUUCUCUGAAUUGUUCUGUGUCUCUUCAAAUGCUCUUUGAGUGCCUUGCAUGAAUUAAUAAUCCUGGGUGAAAAUUAUUAGGAAGGAGGGAGUGUGAAGAAAUGAAAAGUAUUAAUGCUGACCAGGUUCUUUUGGGGAAUUGUUUGAUGUCUGGGAGGAGAUCUGGAAGGGAGCUUUGCUUCUCUCAGAGACAUUUUACCUUCUUCCUUUUCCCUUGGAUGACAAGAGGGGAAGGACCAAAAUGACUUUCAGGAUAAUUUUCCAUCUAUUCGUUACACAUUCCAUGUUUCAUGUGGGUACUACAGAAUGCCCACUGUAACUACACCACCACACCAAGCCAGAAGACUUUUUCUAAAACCUUUUAACAAAUGUAGAAGCUUUUGGCUUUGGCAGCUUUUGCUUUCCUGURUUACUAAUGUGUCAGGAGAAGAGAAUUCACCAGUAUCUCAUGAUGGGAAAGAGCAGCAAAUUAGGUGAAAAUGUCCAAUUGAUCCCAGAAAACUGAUCACAUCAGARGAAAGCAAGAUUAGACAAGGCCCAGCUGACCCUUCCCAGAAGGAUCAGGG